UCAAUUCUUAGUCAAUGAUAAAAGCCAGACAAAUAAGGUUAAAUGUUCAUAUUAUACUGUGUAAUGUAUAAAUAGUAAACAGAUUAGCAGCAGAUUGUCUUUAUAUUUUGUGAACAAAAAAUAGUGUACGAUCUAUUCGUACAUUGCAUAUAUUAUUUAUAUAUUAUAAUAAUAACACGUGAUUUUUUAAAAUAUCAAUAUGAGGCCGCAAGUAAUUGACACGAAAACUAAUUCUCACUCAUCCGGAGAAGCUGAUGAAUGCCUUUUCGAAUAUUUACACGCUGAGAUAGUUAAUUAUACUCUGAGCAAAUCAUGUAAAAAUAAGGAGGGGGAAGAAGAGCUAUCUCGACUAGAAUGGAUGGGAUUCAGUGUUGGCUACAGAAUCAUUGAACGUUUGACGAGGGAAUGGAAUCGAUUUAAAGAUGAAUUGGAUAUGAUAAAAUUUAUUUGUACUGAUUUUUGGUCUGGUCUUUAUCAUAAACAAAUUGAUAAUUUAAGAACAAAUCACCAUGGUGUAUAUGUAUUACAAGACAACUCAUUUCGGUUAUUGAAUAAAGUAGGUACUAAUAGUAAUAAACAAUAUCUUCAGGAAAGUCCACGUUUAUUGACAUUUACUUGUGGACUUUUAAGAGGAAGUUUAGCUAAUCUCGGAAUUAUUAGUACCGUUAAUGCGGAAAUUUCUACGUUACCAAGUUGUAAAUUUCAUGUACAAGUUCAAAGAAUUUAAUGCUCGUAAAUAAGAUGCAAAAUCAUGUUCGAUGAAAGUUAAUACAUAUUACGAAACAAUAUCUAACGACUAGGUUUUUCAUAAAAAUCAGAGAAUCAGAAUAUACGUUUCGUCCAGUUGUAACAACAGGUAGUGCGUUAAAAUGUACAUUUGAUUCAUAAGUUUCAUAAACCGUAUAUUUUAAUGCAAAAUAAUUUUUAUAAGGAUUUAUUUAUUAAAAGUAUAUAUACAUAUAUAUAUUUUUUUUUCUACAAAUAUGUAAAAUUAAUCAUAUAAUAAGUCACAUUUUUUUUAAAAUGAGUACCUAUAUACUUUAAAUGCAUUGUAUAUAGCUACAGAGUAUAAUAAAAGUAAAAAUUAUGAAAAACAUAAUUAUAAUGAAACAGACGAGUAAGAUAAUCUUAAAAGUGGUUUAACGAUUGUAUGUUAAUGUUUAAGACCUGAUACAUCGAAUGAUUAUUAGAUGUUGUAUCCAUUAUUUUUAGUAAUAAAAUUCAAAAUAUGAAA